CCAUACUCGUUUGCCAGAAAAUACGAGGCAAGAAUGGAAGCGGACACCCAGGUACAAAUGGAAGACAACUCGCCCUCGAUAGAGCACAGCUUACGUCCAAUAUCGUACACCUCUUGGCUCCUGGGUGUCGGCGUGGCACGUCCGCGAAAGUGUCCCAAGACUGUUACGCUAAUCCUACGUAUCAUUCACCUGGUCGUGUGCUCCGUUAUCGUGGUAUACGGCGCGAUAGACUUCUUUACUUUCGGUAGCGUCUUCAAGAGCGACAUAUUCAAGAUCAUGUACUACAUGAACAAGGUGAUGUGCUACACAUCGGCAUAUUAUUAUGUUUAUCAUGGAAUCGGCCAGUACGGCAAGUGGCCGGAGCUGAUGGACAGAAUGAAGGAGCUGGAUCAGAAGAUCAGGAGGGAAACCCCCAUGAGUGACCGACCUAUAAAAAACGUAGAAGCAAUAGCGAUUCUCGCGACGUUCGCAUGCGGUCCUAUGUCCCUGACCGUGCACUCUCUGUAUUAUUAUUUUAUACAUCCCGAGGACAUCUUUGCGUCCGACUUGCUGCUCUACUACACGAUAGCUCAGUCAUUGAUCAACAGCUUUGUCUUCGACGUCAUCGUCUAUGUGCUGUAUCACAGAUUCCAAACGAUAAAUGGACUGAUCGGUCAAUUGGAUGAGAUAUAUGGUGCGCCAUGGAUCGCGCUCAAGAUCAGACGCAUCAGAGAAUUGCACACCGGUAUUUGCGAUCUCGUCACCAUGAUAAACAACAUUCACGGCAUUCAUCUUCUUCUCUGUUCGGCGAACUGCUUCACCAUGGUCGUAGCUACACUUUUCAGGAUCUACAUGAGUGUCGUGGAGAAAAAUUACGGGUUCAUACUAAUAAAUAACAUCCUUUGGAUUCUGUAUGCUGCACAAUUUGGUCUAAUGUGCUGGAUUUGCACACGCACGCGUCAAGAAUCCGACAGGACCGGGAUACUGAUAUAUAUGAUUGUACUUAAUUGCAAGCCUACGAAUCUCGGUAAGGUAAACGGUUCGAGAAAUCAAUUAAAUCUAGAGGUGCGGCCGUCACUGGAAGGCCCGGACGGCGAGCAAAAUUCUAAUCGGAGCAGCAAUUAUAACCUGAACUACGUAGUCAUGGAGAAUCUCUUGCGCAAAAACCUGGACCGAGACUGUGUCAGAAAUGAAAUUAACGAUUUUUCAAUUCAGCUGCAACAACAUCGAGUAGCAUUUACGGCCUACGAUUUCUUCGAAAUGAACAACGCUCUACUCAGUGGUGUGAGUAGACAAUUUAUUUACUUCAUUAUAAUGUAUGUAGGAUUAACUUCAGAUAUAAUAUCAAAUAAAGUAAACUUAUUUUUCAGUUUGUCGGAGCGAUCACUACUUAUCUAAUAAUCCUCGUUCAAUUUUAUCGACCCGAUAAUUCAAAUAUGCAAUUAAAUUGAAAUUGCUAAAAAAAAUUAUUGUAAUAAAGAGAUUGUGGUAAGAUAUACCACCACACACUACAGAAAAAAAGUAAUAUAACCAAUAAUAUGUAGUUGCGGGAUGCCAAAUACAGGUAAUACUCAAUACAAUAAUAUUUGCUGUUAAUGCAAGUACAAUGUUGAUACUGCAAUAGCAUAUAUUAUUGUAUUGAGUACAUCUAUAGUUUGCAGUCCGCAACUAUACAUAUCUUAUUGAAUAUUACAUUUUUUUCCGUGUAUACACCAUAUACUAUACACUAAAACUUAAUAUAUAUUUGAUUACUUUUUAAGUAGAGUUUCCUUUGCCAGCUUACAUAUUUUCUACUUCAAAAGCUUGUUUUUUCAAAUAUACAUAUGUAUUAUUGUGAAAAACGCAUCUUGAUAAAGAUCUUGUGUUUCAAUACCACUUUUAUCAAUUAAAAUUAUACAUUUUUUAAUUUUAGCAAAAUAUAAUGAUACAUAUUUAUAUAUA